AUGUGGAGAUCUGGGGAAAGAGCCUUGUCAGGAGGACAGAACGGCAAGCGCAAAGGCCCCGAGACAGGAGCAGCAGCAUUGGAGGACCAGUAUGAAGGCCAGUGUGGCUGGAGCAGAGGAGGCUGCCCUGACAGCUGCCUUUCUUACCGUGUUUCCCAUUUUCUUCUCCCUUCCCAGGAAGAAAACAGGCAGAUUUUGGCUCGGCAGAAGUCGAACUCGCAAUCAGACUCCCAUGAUGAGGAAGUGUCACCGACCCCGCCCAACCCUGUGGUGAAGGCCCGCCGCCGGCGAGGGGGCGUGAGUGCGGAGGUGUACACAGAAGAAGAUGCUGUCUCCUAUGUCAGGAAGGUUAUUCCCAAGGACUAUAAGACCAUGACGGCGCUGGCCAAAGCCAUCUCCAAGAACGUGCUCUUUGCUCACCUUGAUGACAAUGAGAGAAGUGACAUCUUUGACGCCAUGUUCCCUGUCACUCACAUUGCUGGGGAGACAGUUAUACAGCAAGGCAAUGAAGGAGACAAUUUCUAUGUAAUCGAUCAAGGAGAAGUAGAUGUGUAUGUGAAUGGAGAGUGGGUGACCAGCAUCAGCGAAGGGGGCAGUUUUGGGGAGCUGGCACUCAUAUACGGCACCCCCAGGGCCGCGACAGUGAAAGCCAAGACCGACCUUAAGCUCUGGGGCAUCGACCGUGACAGCUACCGGCGAAUCCUCAUGGGCAGCACGCUGAGAAAACGCAAGAUGUAUGAGGAAUUUCUCAGCAAGGUCUCCAUCCUCGAGUCCCUGGAGAAGUGGGAACGUCUGACAGUGGCCGACGCGCUGGAGCCCGUCCAGUUUGAGGAUGGAGAGAAAAUCGUUGUUCAGGGGGAGCCAGGGGAUGACUUCUACAUCAUCACAGAAGGCACAGCAUCCGUCCUGCAGCGCCGAUCCCCCAACGAGGAGUACGUGGAGGUGGGCCGCCUCGGGCCCUCCGACUACUUCGGGGAGAUCGCGCUGCUGCUGAACCGGCCCCGUGCGGCCACUGUGGUGGCUCGAGGACCGCUCAAGUGUGUCAAGCUGGACCGGCCCCGCUUCGAGCGCGUGCUGGGCCCCUGCUCCGAGAUCCUCAAGAGGAACAUCCAGCGCUACAACAGCUUCAUCUCCCUGACCGUCUGAGCCGCGGCCCGCUGCAGCCCGGCCUUCCUGUGUGGUGGCCGUGACCUGCUCGUCUGUGUCUGGGGCGUUGGCGGCGGGCGGGGAGGUGGCAGGCCAGGUGGGCUGGCGUCCCGGUGGUGUGGGGACUGCCCCCUUCCUCUGGACUCACUUUUUGGAAUAAAUAAUCACUUUGUGCAUUUCAAAAACAAAGGGCAAGCCAACGAAAUGCAUCCCAAGGCCAAGGAAGGGACAGACUGAGCUCCUUCCCACACACCUCCCUCCCCAUCAGCCUCUGUGGCCUUGUCCUUUGGGACUCAUUCUAACCUUCCCAAGUCUUCUGGGGAGACCCUUAUCCCCUAGGAGGAUGAGGGGCUGCGGCCACCAUUGUAGCUCUCCUCCCCAGAACGGGGUCAGGACGUCACCCCUGGGGCCCUGCAGACCCUGUGAUGUCAGGUUCACCAGAGCUAGGUUUAAGUAUGGGAUAGAUUGUGCCCCAGGGGAAUGUCCCCAAAAGGACACUCAGGCUGAAAGCAAGAAGUUGAGGCUGAAGAAAGAGGGUCGCAGCCCCUCCCUGAAGUGUGCACUCUGCUCCGUGCCUGCCACACACCCCCUCUCAGAGGGGCCUGUUGAGGACUGAGGAUGCUGGGUCUGAGGGCCUCUGGGUUAUUAGGUUGGUCCCUGCCUCUAGCUGGACAGGAGAUGGUCAUGGUCCUGCCUUGGGGUCCUACCAUUUGGCCAAAGAUAGACGCCCCCCCAGGGGGGCCCGUGCUUGCAUGGGAUGUUGGGAGGAGCUGGCAUGAUUUCAGUGGCUUGUCCUCACCGUUUUUGGAAGGUCCACCUCAAGGUGGGUUGGGCGCACUGACCAGACACUCAGGGGCAAUUGGCAGAGUCCGUGGGUCCCUCACUGGGCAGACGCCCAGAACAGGAAGGAAACAUAUUUGAGUUGGGGACUUUCCAAGAUUCAGUGAGCACUGUUCUGGGUCACUGUUCUCUCGGAGUCAGGGGAACCUCAGACAACGUCAGUAGCUUCUUGGAGACUUUGCAAGGGAGGGGCGGAUUUCUAAAACACAUUCUGGAUAAAGUUGUAAGGACCAGAAUCCCCUUUGAAUCAUUCUCCAACAGAUAUGCCCAGCCUCCAGGAAACAUGCACAAUUCAUUAUCCAAGCCUCUAUUCUGAUGUAAGGGAAAAAAUAUAUGUCAAACCAACCUUGGGCCCCACACCCUAAAUCAUCGAUUGACUUGUCCCCCCAAAUAUACCUUCAAUCCAAUGAUGAUACCAUGAGCUAGCCUGGCCUGAAGGGGUUCGGGUGAGUACAGAGAGUGUCACAGUAGCUUCUGGGUGACCUGGAAUACAAAUGAAAUAAUGCAGUUAACCUAAUUUCGCUCCUGCUAUGCACGUCCAGGGGAGGUUGUCCUUGGUCUGAGGUGACAUGUUGCAGACUCUCCCCCACUGAUGGUAACAAAUGCCCCCUCCUUAGUCCAGCCCUGGCCGUGCCACCUUGUCCUGCCUUUGCCUGUGGAUGUCUCUGUGGACCUGUAAGCCCUGCGCCUAUUUAUCUCUGCUCUGAUAAUGCAUGAACUAUUAAAUGUGCAAUGAGGUACCUCUUCCCGA